GAGUCUUCAACCUUUUUUGCCCUUCGGCUCCAUCCAGGCUAACUUAUCUCUCACUGAAAUCAAGAUUCUAGAUUCAGGGUUUCUCACCAAUCAGCUAUUGUGAAACUUGGGAAAAUUUCACUUGCCUACACUCCUUCAAGAAUUGAACUCUCCUUGGACGCAUUUGCAAUGAACGGAUCUUGUUUGGAAUUCAAGAAUCCGAUCCAAGACGCGAUUUCCAGGGUCCGAUUCGCGCCGCAGUCCAACAACCUCCUCAUUUCUUCUUGGGACCCCUGUCUUCGACUGUAUGAUGUGGAUUGUUCUCAACUUAGAUUAGAAGCUCCGUCCGAGGCUGCGCUUCUCGACUGUUGUUUCCAGGAGGAAUCUGUCGCUUUCAGCGCUGCCUCUGAUGGUUCUAUUACAAGGUAUGAUUUGCAUUCUGGAAUCAGCAAUAAAAUAGGAAAUCAUGAUGAUAUAGCAACAUGCGUGGAAUAUUCUACUGAAACUCGUCAAGUGAUUACUGCAGGUUUUGAUAAGAAGAUCAUAGCCUGGGACAUUUUUGGAGCAAAACCACUUGUGUACCUGAGAAAUCUAGAUGCAGAAGUGGAGUCAAUGUCACUCUCUGGAUAUGAAUUAAUAAUAGCUGUCGGAUCAUCAGUAGAUAUUUAUGACUUGCGUAACUCAGACAAAUGUGUUCAAUCAAAUAAAUUUUGUAUGGAUGUUCCAAUACGAUGUGUCUCCUCAAUUCCUUAUUUGAAAGGAUAUGCAGUUGGAUCGGUAGAUGGACGAGUAAAAUUAGAGAUUUCAUAUCCGUCCAGUUCAAACAAUAUCGGGUAUAUGUUCCGAUGUCAUCCAAGAUCAAGAGAUGGAAGAAACCAUCUAGUACCAGUGAAUGACAUUGCAUUCAACCCAUUCAUCUCAGGUGCUUUUGUCACCGGUGAUAAUGUGGGUUAUGUUACAGCAUGGGAUGCUAAAAGUAGAAGAAGACUCUUUGAGUUGCCUGAUUGCGCAAACAGUAUUGCGUCCUUGACAUACAACAAUGAAGGACAAAUUUUGGCUGUUGCAUCAAGCCAUACUUACCAAGAGGCCACUGAAAUAGAAAAACCCCCACAAAUAUUUGUGCAUAAACUGGAGGAAAGCCAUCUCGGAUCAGUUUCUGAUGGAAGUUCAAGCAGGAAAAUCACCGGCAGAGUCUGCCAAAUCAAUCUAUUUGAGUUGACACUGGGGCCCAAAGAAGCCCACGUGGAAACAUCUCAAGCUGAGUAUCAGUUCCACGCACUAACUAACUCGUUCACUCUCCUUACUCUCCCUCGAUUUCCCACUUCGAAGCUUUGCUUUGAUCCGUAUCUCUCGCUUUCUCCAAAAACUUGCGAAUUCUUUAGCUUCGUCGCCAUGUCUGAUGAAGAUCAUCAUUUUGAAUCUAAAGCUGACGCCGGAGCUUCUAAGACAUUUCCACAGCAGGCAGGCACCAUUAGAAAGAAUGGUCAUAUCGUCAUCAAAAGUCGGCCUUGCAAGGUUGUGGAAGUUUCAACUUCCAAGACUGGGAAGCACGGACACGCCAAAUGUCACUUUGUUGGAAUUGAUAUCUUCACUGGGAAAAAGGUGGAAGAUAUAGUUCCUUCGUCUCACAACUGUGAUGUUCCUCAUGUCAAUCGCACUGAUUACCAGCUGAUUGAUAUCUCCGAGGAUGGAUUUGUGAGCUUGCUGACUGAAAGUGGGAACACUAAGGACGAUCUGCGGCUUCCAACUGAUGAAUUUCUGCUUACACAGAUAAAGACAGGAUUUGCAGAGGGGAAGGAUCUGAUUGUGACAGUGAUGUCAGCAAUGGGUGAAGAGCAGAUCUGUGCUCUGAAAGAUAUUGGCCCCAAGUAAAUUCCUGGGGGGCGUCCUUCACAUUUCACAUUUAGUGCAUGGAAUGGGUUUUGCUAAUUUAGUGCAUUCUUUAAGACCAUUUAAAUUUAAUUUAUUUUAAAUAAUUGACAAUUUUAUUUGUCAUUUUUUAAAGAUAUUUCUCUUAGAUAAUAAUUUAAGGUCGUUAAUAAUAAUUUUUGACAUGUUUUACUGUAUCAAAAGUGUAUU